AUGACCAAGAAGAGGAGGAACAACGAGCGCUCCGCGGCCUCGUGCAAUUGUACCAACUGCGCCCGCUGUAUGCCAAAGGACAAGGCCAUCAAGAAAUUUGUCAUCCACAACAUCGUGGAAGCCGCGGCCGUCAGGGACAUCUCCGAGGCCAGCAUCUUCAACUCCUAUGUCCUGCCCAAACUGUAUGUGAAACUACAUUACUGUGUGAGCUGCACGAUCCACAGCGAGGCAGUGAGGAAUCGCUCCUGUGAGGCUCGGAAGGAUCGGACGCCCCCGCCCCGAUUCAGGCCUGCAGGUGCUGCCCCCAGACCCCCUCCAAAGCCCAUGUAA